AUGGGAGGAAUUUCACCUAACCAGACAUUUCUAGAAAGGUCUAAAUACGUGAGGCAAGGCAGGUUUUCUAGUGAAGAAGGGAUCUCUCCUAUGAGAUUGCAGUCGGAAAGGGUUAGGCUACUGUUUGAUUUCAAUGAGCUAUUGAGAGGAAUGUUGUCAAGAACAAGAGAUAUCACCUCACCGGAUUUAGCAUCACAUGUGACACCUUGCCAAGAACAGCAAUCACUGCUCGUGUUCCAUGAACUUAGAGCAUUGAUGGGAAAUUCAUUUUUGAACUCCAAAAGUGCAUCCCUUUGGAGAGUAGGGGAGGCAAGAGUGUAUAGUAUAAGGCAAGCAAAGAAGAAGAGAAAAUAUUGGCUCGGAAUCAUCAUAUACAGUUUGAAUCUUUCUUCGAGUUAUGGUGAUAUCGGCGGAGGGUGUUGGGUCAUCGUCUCCUUCUUCAGUGGCGCGCCGUUCCUGAGAAAAUGCUGAGAGAGAGAGUGGUAAAUUUGGAAGAAACCUUUGUAGUAUAAUAGUUUCUCUCAUCUUUAUUCAUUAGCCA